GCUUUCAGGCCUCCUGGAAACAGGACUUCUAGAACAGCAAAAUGUCUGGAAGACUGUGGUCCAAGGCCAUUUUUGCUGGCUACAAGCGAGGCCUGCAAAACCAGAGGGAACAUACAGCUCUUUUGAAAAUUGAAGGAGUCUAUGCUUGGUAUGAAACUGAAUUCUAUUUGGGCAAGAGAUGCGCUUAUGUAUACAAGGCAAAAAAUAACACAGUGACUCCUGGUGGGAAACCCAACAGAACAAGAGUGAUCUGGGGGAAAGUUACUUGGGCUCAUGGUAAUAGUGGAAUGGUUCGGGCCAAGUUCAGAAGCAAUCUUCCUGCCAAGGCCAUUGGACACAGGAUCUCAGUGAUGCUGUAUCCCUCAAGGAUCUAG